AUGAGUGUGGCGGAGGAUGGUUUCUACCAACUUGGAACAUGUGUAGUAAUUUUAAAACAAGUACAUGUGAGAUCGCAAUUCACUUUAUGCCAUAAGAAAUUGCUUAGAACUGAAGAUAUUGCUGAACGCGAAAUUCCUUUCCAGUCAGUUGCAAUUGCUCAGUCCAGUGGAAGUCAAAUUGCAGCUUCUUUGAUAUAUAACAUCCUGGUGUUUAAGCGGUUAAUUGACCGUGAAGAAUUAGAACCUUUAGUUAUUAGGAACACUAUACCUAUUUGCAUGGCACAGUAUGAAAGGCUAUUCAGUACUGUGAGAAUUCCUGGUGAGGAUGCUGAUAAAAUUCUACAUUGUGAAGAUUCAAAGCACAUUGUUGUGUGUGUGAAAGGAAUUUAUUACAAGUUGGAUAUCUGUGAUUCAAAAAAUAAGUUUCUUUCACCAACUACGUUAGAAGAGCAACUAAAUUGGAUUGUCAAAGAUGCAGAAAAUCAGUUGGAUUGUUAUUCUGACUUUGAAAAGUCUAUUGCUGCGCUGACUGCCUUGAAACGUUCUCAGUGGGCAAAUAUUCGCAAAAAAUAUCUAAGUUCUGGAGUUAACCGAGACAGCAGAAGAAUUAUCGAAAAAGCCGUUUUCUGUGUGACCCUAACAGACUAUGUACCUAAUAGUCUAACAGAAAAAGGAAAGUUUCUCUUGCAUGGAGAUGGCAAAAGCAUUUGGUUUGACAAAAGUUUAAACCUGAUUGUGUUUGCUAAUGGAACUUGUGGCCUGAAUUGUGAACACACAGUGGCCGAUGCACCUGCCAUGGCUCACAUGUGGGAGUAUACGAUGUCUCGAGAGGUGCUAGAAAAGCUGUUUGAUGAAAAUGGGAAUUGCAUGCCAUUCAGUAGAGAUUUCAAGCAAGCUAAAACUAAAUUACCACAUCGACUGAUUUGGGAACUUAGUCCAGAACUGAAGAGUAGCAUACAAGAGGCAGUGAAUUUUGCAUCACUGAGCAAUGCUGAUUUAGAUUUAGAAGUGUUAGAUCAUAAUCAGUGGGGAAAAGGAGCAAUUAAAAAGUGUAAGGUAUCACCAGAUGCAUUUGUUCAGUUAGCUCUUCAGCUUGCAUACUAUAAAGAUUCAAAAAAAUUUGUACAGACAUAUGAAGCCUCCAUGACAAGGCUUUACCAGGGAGGUAGGACAGAAACUGUCCGAUCAUGCACCGUUGAAGCCAAAGACUUUGUUCUGUGUAUGGUACAUAAUGAAGUUGAGAAGGAAAUGAAAAGGAAGCUUUUAAAGCGAGCUGCUGCGAAACAUCAGAAUUUGUAUAGAGAUGCUAUGAAUGGGAAGGGCAUUGAUCGCCAUUUAUUUGCUUUAUAUGUUGCUUGCAAAGGGUUAGGCUAUGAAAGUGAUUUUCUGCACAAAAUCAUUACCCGUCCAUGGACUUUGUCCACUAGUCAGACACCCCAUACACAGCUAACUGCUUUACCCGAUGCAAAUUUGCAUAUCUUUGAUGAUAAGCUGGGAGCCGGGGGUGGUUUUGGUCCUGUCUCGGAUGAAGGCUAUGGAGUGUCAUAUCUUUUCCCAUCCGACUACAGGAUAUUUUUCCAUGUUUCCUCAAAACACUGUUGUCCUCAUACCAGUUCAAAGAAAUUUCUAGAACUUUUAGUUGAGAGCAUGAACGAAAUGUUAGGUUUGUUCGAAGAAUCAUAAAAGCGAAAAAUACCUCUUUAAUGUGUUUUGUGUUGACGAUGUUACUUUCUUAUUAAGCAUUUGAUGUUCUUGUAAUUGUUGUUUUUUCACAAGCAAGUGAUUAUUUUAUAAAUUUUAUGCAAUCAGUACUGUAAAAUAAUUUAUUGCAUUUUUUAUAUGUUGACAAUUCAUGUGCGUGUGUCAAAUAAUUUUUAUGCGAAAUAAUAUUUAUAUUACAGUAUGGAUCUUAUAUGCAUAAUUAAAAGAAUUUCUCAACUAAAGUGAACAGAAAUUUGAAAAUUUUAUUGUUAUUAUUUCGCAAUCAGAUUUAAUGGAAAGUGUAUUGAUCUCAGCAUCUCAAUAUCAGCCUUUAUGUAUUAUAUAUAAUGUAAUCAUGCGUGAUUUCUUUUUUCCAACAUUUUUUAUGUAUUGCAUAUGAAUUUUAUUUUCUUAUGUUUUUAUAUGCAUAUUCAGAUAAGGCUCAUUUUGUUGAAGUAUUGUUUUUGUGAUGUUUUCGCUUUUGUACAUAUAUUUCUAUGUGUAUGUAUUUCUCAAUUAUUACAAUGCAACUUUUUCAAUAAAUUGAUAUCUUUACAAUUUUUUUU